AUUUUUUUAUUUUCUGAAAUUCUUUUCAUUUUCAGAUUUUCAAAAACCCUCUUAGAUUUUGAAGAAGAGGGUCUGCAUCUGUUCAAAACUUGAACUUUAGCCCCUCUUUCAUUCUCCAAAAACACCAUCUGCAAUUUUAGAUUUUUAGCCACUGAAACAAAGCGCGGGACUCCCAAAAUUCUCUCCUCCUAUUUUUCUCUCUUUCUCUCUCUUAGUAGUUUAGAUAUAGAGAGAGAAAGCACAGCGCUUUCUUUCUCCAAAAGCUACGACCCAUGAUUCUCAAUCGGGUGGUGAUGAUGGUUGAUGGGGCUGUCGUGGAUUUUGCUAAAACCCCUUAGAAGAGUUUGAAGUUGAAGCUGGUGCUAGUGUUGUAGUAUGUUUUGAUCAAUUCAUUGGUGUGUGGUUUUUGAAAGAGAUCCGUGCUUAGAAAAUGUUGAAUGAUGGGCAACCCUUGGAUUUGUAUAAGCUUUUCAUGGUGGUGAAGGAGAAAGGUGGAUAUGAUGCUGUUUGUAAGAACAGGUUGUGGGAUUUGGUGGGGGAAGAAUAUGGUUUGGGUGUGAAGGUUGGUUCUUCUGUGGAGCUGGUUUACAGUAAGCACUUGAGUGCUCUGGAGACAUGCCUGAAGAAUGCUGCUGACAGUAAGUUUCCUGAGUGUGGUUUAGUGGAUGAUAGAGUUAAAUUUCGCAAGCGUUUGAUGGAGGCGCAAGCUGAAUUCUUGGUGGAUGAUUAUGGUGCGGAGGAGGUGGAUGAUGAACUCGAGAGGAGGGGGUAUGAUUGUCCGGAUGGGAGAAAGUUGUGCGGUACUAACAGAGUGAAGGGCGUGAAACCAGAGUCCAAUGUGGCUGAACUCGAGAGGGUAUAUGACUAUCUAGACGGGAGGAAGUUGUGUGGUGCUAAUAGAGUGAAGGACAUGAAUCUGGAGUCUAAUGGGGCCAAGAGAGUUCGGACUGUAGGACUUGUUGAUUUUGAUAAGCUGGACCAUGGGAUAAAUGAACCUAUUCUUGGAAACUUGUGCAAUGACAAUGCUGCAAUGGAAAUACUUGAAGAGGUUGAUAGAGGCAAAUCAUUCACUCUGGAUGCAUCCAAUGCAGAAAACAACAUGCCUGGAUUGUCAGAUGGGGACAAGAGGUGUGAUAAUGAUGGUGAUGAAGUCAUGAGACUGGAUCCAUCUAGUGUUGACAUGGAGGGCUUUGGUCGUAAGAGGAAGAGAGAGUCCAUAUCGGAAAUGCUAAGCUGGGUUACUAGCAUUGCUAAAAAUCCUUGUGAUCCUGUGGUUGGUUCAAUGCCUGAAAAGUCAAAAUGGAAGUCUUACAGUAAUCAGGAGAUCUGGAAGCAGGCUUUGAUGUUUCGAGAAGCUGUCUCGGUGAAGAAGGAUUUUGAGACAAUCAAUGAACAACUUAGUUGGCAGGGUCAGAAAAUGCACCCUUCCAUGUAUGAUGAUCGCCUUCGGGUAACCUACAAUCUUAGACAGAGGUUGAAACGUGACAAGAGGCCAUUAUUGGGAAAAUCUACAUCUGAUGGAAUCUCUUCAGAUUCUUCUGAAAGAACACUUGGAGGUUUGGAGAGAACCCCAAGUCCUCGUACGGAAGAUGGUGCUGAGAAACAGUUACUUGACUCUAGUACUUCACGCUUAAGUCUUGAUAGAUAUGCCAGAGUGCAAGUCCCUGUGGGGCCAAACCAUCAAGCUGAAGUGCCAGAAUGGACUGGCAUGACUUGUGAGAGUGAUUCUAAGUGGUUGGGAACCCAAAUAUGGCCUCCAGAAACUGUAAAUUCCAAGCUUCUUUUUGAAAGGGACCCCAUUGGAAAGGGAAGAGAAGAUUCAUGUGGCUGCCAUGUACAAGGUUCUGUUGAGUGUGUCCGAUUCCACAUUGCUCAGGAAAGGUCAAAAGUUAAGUUGGAAUUAGGUGAGGCUUUUUACCAAUGGAAUUUACAUAAGGCGGGUGAAGAAGUUAGGCGUUUAUGGACAGUCCAAGAAGAGAAGAAGUUCAAAGAUGUGGUUAAAUCAAAUCCUCCUUCACUUGAUAGGUGCUUUUGGGAUCAUCUGUUCAAAACAUUUCCUAUGAAGAGCAGAGAAGAUUUAGUCAGCUACUACUUCAAUGUCUUUCUCUUGCAGCGCAGAGGAUACCAGAAUAGGCAUACUCCUGAUAACAUUAACAGUGAUGAUGAUGAAUCAGAAUUUACACCAUUGAGGAAAGUUUUUGGACAUAAAUCACGCAGCUUCACCUUAUUAUCCCCCAAAAAGCCAUUGACAAAAGGGAAAAUAGCAAGUCCUCAAUGUUAGCCAAAUCAUGAGUCUCAUUGAGUAUAUAAAUUGACAAUUUUGUGUCUCUUCACUGCAGCAACUUUCAGUAUCAAUGGAUGGAUCUUUCUCUCCUAGCUUAGAAUCUUAUAUUGUCGCUGAUUUUGAGGAGUAAAAGAUUGGAACUUAAAGGAUUGAUUUGGUGUAGGUCCAAUAUAGGAGAGAUGAAAGAUGAUGUUUUUGGAAGCUGUCAAGUAUGAAGAUCUGGCAGCUUAGAAGGUGGGGUUGCUUUAGUUUACAUGCUUUCAAUUUUGAGAAAUACCAUCUGUCUGUUAGCAGUGAUACAUUGCAACCACAGGAUCUCUUAAAUUGCACAUUUUCUUUCUUAUUUUCACCAGGUUUUGAUCACAAGGGUUACUUAAUUAAAAGUCAAAACAACAGCAUCAAGAAUAUAUAUAUUAUAUAUAUCUAUAUAUAUAGCAACAUUUUAUUGUAGAGUUUUAUGAACUAAUACAGCAAAGUGUUAUUUGAAUUUCACCCUUUC